ACAGUCAACACACUAUACACUAUUAUUCAAUAUCGUAUCGUUUUGAUUUUUAUUACAGUAAAUACUAAACCGCUCUAAAACCUAAGUCGAACUUUAGGAAAAUUAGGUUCAUUAUUUUGCAAACUAAACACGUUUCUCGCUAUUUAGUUUCCUUAUAUAUUAAGAGUUCUUUUGUUAAAAAAUUUUGAUGUUUGGAAGUUAACUAAUUUAAUCAUAAGAAGUUAACGAUUUAUUAUACAAGACUUUCUGAUAAGCAGAUUCUCCACAUUACUUGGUUUUUGAUCUAUACAAUGUUUGAUCAUUUUGGACAAAACCCAGGAACUGCUCCACCACCACCACCACCCAAAAAGAAACUCAAAUUUGAUAAAAAUUAUAUAAAAACUACUCCAGGAAUACUUCAGCUAGUUGAAGUGGUCUGUAAUUUCAUUGGAUUUAUUUGUAUCAAAGUUUCAUGGUCUUGGAUCUCAGCCAUCUUCUAUAACAUUCUGUAUUGGAUUGGAAACAUUUUAACAAUAUUCUUGUUUUUAAUGUACCUCUUUCAUUUCAUUGAAAAGUAUGAUAAUGUACCAUGGCAAAAAAUUCAAUUUUUCUACUGCGUUGCAAUGUGUUUGGCUUAUAUUGGGACUUCAAUAUUUGCUACUACUAUUGGAGAAAGUGUUGGGUAUGCUGUUGGGUUUUUUGGAUUUUGUGCUAUUGUGACAUAUGGUAUUGAUGCAUACUUAAACUACAAAGGUUGGAAGAGAGGGUUACCAGCACAAUAACAAAAAUUUUAUACCACUUAAAAAUAUAACUUUUAUAGCUAUAAGCAACAACAGCACCACAAGAAUUUGUACAAUACAUUUCUAAAAUAUUUUUUAAUAACUAGACUAGCAAAUAAUAUUAAGAAUUGUUAAAUGAAGAUCAAGCAAUAUAGCUUACAAAUUACAUUAUUUUAAUUGUAUAAAUAAAAGAAAUCAUAUCAUAUCACAGUGCAUAUAAUUAAGCUACAUGCAAAAAUAUGCCAUAUUUAUUGUUAGUGUUAAUAGACUGAUAUAUAGAGGUAACUAAAUAAGCAAACAACUAUAAAAUUUAGUAUUUUUUUAUUGAUAUUUAAGAACUUAUUUUGUUAACUUGAGUACUAUACAAACCUCAAAUAGCAUUUAAAUCAUGUUGGCAUACUAUAUUUAAUGUUUAACAAAAAUUGCAUCUAUGAGAUGUCAAGUGCCUUAAAAAUUAUAAAUAGUAUAAAAUUAAGUAUUAUUUGUAACAAGGUUACGGUUUAUACAAUUAACUGAUAUUUUGAUAUCUAUCAUGUAC